AUGAGACAAACUUCAAUUCUACUUGUUUCCCUCUUUUUAUUAGGUUGUUUUUGUUUAGAUGUUCCUGAAGGCUGCAGUAAUAUCAGUAUUUCCACCUUUCUUAAGGAUGACGGAGAAUUCGCUUAUGAUAUAAUGAAUAAAGGGUAGCUGAACCCUGAGUGGAAAUACGAGAAUGACUCUAUUAAAGAUUCUGAUUCAACUGAGUUAGAUUUUUUAUAUAUCACUGUCUUUGGUAAACAUGAUAAACUCACUAAGAAGAACUUUUAGAUAAAGACAAACUCCUCAGAAAUAGUUUCAAAUACUACAAUUUUUAUUGAAAAAAUAGUUGAUCACGUAGAUAACAAAACUUAUUCUGUACGUAUCAAUUACAAGUGCAACGAAGACGCUUCAGCCCCUAUGAAAUUAAAUUUCUAGAUUGAGACCAUUGAAAAGUUGUGUCCCAAAUAAUCUAAUAUUUUCUGGACUCGUUAAUGCGGUGAUAAUGAGCCUCCUCGUAUGGGAUUUUAAGUUGAUUACAACAUAAAUCAUAAGUAUAACCAUACAGUAGUUGAAAAUGGGUAGCUUAUAGAUGCAGAUUAUUUUAGUGAAGAUUAUGAAGACUGGGUACUCCGUAUUCCUAAACGUGUAAAAUACUCUCUUUUCUUUGCAUCUCUCAAUUUCUCUCAAGAAAUGUAUGCCCACAACGAUUUAACAUUUGAAGAAAUAGACUAAGUUUUUAAAUCAAAAGAUCCUGAAACUAAAUUACAAACACAUCAAUUAUAGUUUGAAAAAAAAUUAGAUAUAGAUAGAAUAACAAUGAAUUAUGACUAAUAAAUUUUAGAUGUUGAUCUUAAAGGUUCUAUAGUAGAAGGAGGUUCUAUUACAGGUGAUGCUGUCCCAAUUUACUUAGAAUAUAAAUGCAGACGUGGAGGUGUAUCUGGUGUUUAAUUGACUUUUGAAAUGUAAUUUUUCAGAAAUGUUAACAUUUUCUUUGAAAAAGAAUGCCCUCUAUAACCUGGUGAAGGAAGUGGGUUAUUUGGCACCAUUGCCUUCUUUAUUUUAAUAUUCUUUGUAGUUAUUAUCAUUGUUACACUCUAUAAUGUGUUUGCUCUUGAAAUAACUGGUGUCAAAGCAGUUCCUUUUGCUGUACCAGUUUUAUCAGGAUUGUCUAAAAUACCAGGAGUUAAAGGUACUUCUGUUGGUGAUAAAUUAUAUAGCUUAGCAAAUCCCUCAUAUUCAUCAAACACUUUGAAAUAGGAUUCUGUAAAUACAGUUUCAAGUCAAGUAUCAUAAGAUGAACGCGAAUUAAAUAAUUCAGAAUUUAAGAUUAAGAAUAUAGCAGAGAAGGAUGAAGAAAGCAAUUUAGAUGACUCAGUUAUAUCAAGCGGUAAUAAUGUUGUACCUCAAGUAGGCAAUUACGGCUCAAUUUGA